AUGUGUUCCCCUGUGCCACAGGGGAACACACCGCCGGUCACUUGUUCUACGCAUGCCCAGACUUGCAAGAGGAAAGAAUCAGUACUACCUCUCAAGAACAGGAGAGGGUGGCAAGCGAACCCGCGAUGGUAUCUGUACCCCUGGGAGGGUCUACUCACCGAUGGCGCCGCCCAAGCUUCCCGCUGGGCCAUCAACCAUUUCGGUAUCGACCAGUUCAAUUGGACUGCGAACCAUGUAGACGUGACCCUACCCCUGGGUUUCCGCACUGUUCAACCUCAGCCCUUUUUGGGUUUGUGGAGCUGGAUAGUCACGCCGAGACAGGCCACCGCAACGAUGUUCCCAUCUGUGCCGUUGAUCAGAAGCUCUCUUUUCCGCCUUGAGAGCUCUUUUAUGUGGGAUGGCCAUGUUGCUGUUGUAGGAGGAUUGUGUUUGAGGGAAGCGAAGUUUUCGAGGACAAUGUCCAACUCUGUCUUCUUGUUCUGCUUGUUCAUGCCGAUGGGUGGUGAUGAAUUUGAUGUCUUGGCAAGCAUUCACAGCUCAACUUGA